AUGCCAUCUACUACUAUGUCUAUGAGUAUGUCUAGCAAUGUUAGCUAUGACAGGAAGGCUCUUGUCAUUAAUGGGCAGAGGAAAAUUCUCUUUUCUGGGUCCAUACACUAUCCUAGAAGUACUCCUGAGAUGUGGGAAGGUCUUAUAGAGAAGGCCAAAGAUGGUGGUUUGGAUGUUAUAGACACAUAUGUGUUUUGGAAUCUUCAUGAGCCUUCUCCUGGCAAUUACAAUUUUGAAGGGAGAAAUGAUUUGGUUCGCUUCAUUAAGAUGGUCCAAGAGGCAAGGCUUUAUGUGCAUCUUCGCAUUGGGCCGUACAUUUGUUCAGAAUGGAAUUUUGGAGGUUUUCCAGUUUGGCUUAAGUAUGUUCCAGGCAUUAGCUUCAGAACAGAUAAUGAGCCUUUCAAGUCAGCAAUGCAAAAAUUUACCAAGAAGAUUGUUCAAUUGAUGAAGCAUGAAAAGCUGUUUGAGUCCCAAGGUGGCCCCAUUAUCCUUUCUCAGAUUGAGAACGAAUAUGAGCCAGAAAGCAAGCUUUUUGGUGCUGCUGGUCAUGCAUACAUGACUUGGGCUGCAGAGAUGGCUGUUGGAAUGGGUACUGGUGUUCCAUGGGUCAUGUGCAAGGAAGAGGAUGCCCCAGACCCGGUGAUAAACACUUGCAAUGGUUUCUAUUGCGACUACUUUUCUCCAAACAAACCAUACAAACCCUCACUUUGGACUGAGGCUUGGACUGGCUGGUUUACAGAAUUUGGCGGUCCAAUUUAUAAGCGACCUGUUGAAGAUUUGGCGUUUGGAGUAGCUCGAUUCAUUCAGAACGGAGGCUCCUUCAUAAAUUAUUACAUGUAUCAUGGUGGAACAAACUUUGGUAGAACUGCAGGAGGUCCAUUUAUUACUACCAGUUAUGACUAUGACGCUCCCAUUGAUGAAUAUGGCUUGAUCAGGCAACCAAAACAUGGCCACUUAAAGGAACUCCAUAAGGCUGUUAAGUUAUGUGAGCAAGCUCUGCUAAAUGCUGAUUCUAUUGUUACAUCCUUAGGGAACUAUGAACAGGCACACAUUUUCUCUUCCAAGUCCGGAGGCUGUGCAGCUUUCCUCUCAAACUACAAUACAAAGUCAGCUGCGAGGGUGACUUUCAAUAAGAUGAACUAUCACCUCCCACCUUGGUCCAUCAGCAUCCUGCCGGAUUGUAAGAACGUUGUAUACAACACUGCCCAAGUGGGAGUUCAAACAUCCCAAAAGCAGUUUUUUCCUACUAACUCUAAGUUGCGCUUGUGGGAAACCUUCAGUGAAGACAUUUCUUCAGUUGCUAGUGAUACGAAACUGACGGUUAUUGGUCUCUUGGAUCAGUUGAACAUCACCAGAGACUCAAGUGAUUACUUAUGGUACACAACAAAUAUCGACAUAAAAUCAUCUGAAUCAUUUCUCCGUGGCGGUCAACAUCCGACUCUGACCGUGCAAUCAUCUGGGGAUGCUAUGCAUGUGUUUAUCAAUGGGCAGCUCUCAGGAUCGUCAUAUGGUACUAGGAAAAACAAGAGAUUCACUUUCACAGGAAAUGUCAGUCUGCAUGCUGGAAUGAACAAAAUAUCACUUCUCAGUAUAGCUGUUGGAUUGCCGAACAAUGGUCCUCAUUUUGAGACACGAAAUGCUGGAGUACUGGGACCAGUUGCUCUACAUGGACUAGACCAAGGAAGCAGAGAUUUAUCAUGGCAGAAAUGGUCACACAAGGUGGGGCUGAUAGGAGAAGCCAUGAACCUGGGUUCUCCAAGUUCCAUCUCAGCAGUGGAUUGGACGAGGGUGAAUUUAGCAGCGAAGAAUCAACAGCCACUGACAUGGUAUAAGGUCAACUUUGAUGCACCUGAAGGAGAUGAACCUUUGGCUUUGGACAUGGGAAGUAUGGGCAAGGGUCAACUAUGGAUCAAUGGGCAAAGCAUCGGAAGAUACUGGACGACUUAUGCAAACGGUGAUUGCAGUGCAUGCAGUUAUGCUGGUACCUUCAGGCCUAAGAAUAAGUGCCAAUCUGGUUGUAACCGUCCAACUCAACAAUGGUACCAUGUUCCUAGGUCCUGGCUAAAGCAAUCUAAAAACCUAUUGGUAGUAUUUGAGGAGAUUAGUGGGGAUGUAUCGAAAAUUGCUCUUGUAAAAACUUCAGUGAGCACUGUCUGUGCUGAAGUUUUUGAAAACCACCCAUAUAUUAGGAAUUGGCAUACUGACAGCGGUGGGCAACUGGAAGAGCAAAAGAAACCUAUAAUGAGUCUACACUGUACAGAAGGAUACUCCAUUUCUGCUAUUAAGUUCUCAAGUUUUGGAACUCCAUCUGGAAGCUGUGGGAAUUUUCAGCACGGCACAUGUCAUGCUCCAAACUCAAAGGCUGUCAUUGAGAAGAAGUGUAUAGGUAAGCAGAAAUGUUCGUUGACCAUAUCUGAUGCAAAUUUUGGGAUGGAUCCAUGCCCAAGCAUACUGAAAAAAUUAUCUGUUGAAGCUGUUUGUGCCCCCUGA